AUGGAUAACAACCCUUUUAGCAAGCUAGCGAAACGGUCAUCCAUCGCCGUAGAACAGCCACACCUCCAAGCACCUUCGCGUAAGUGUGCGCAGUCUGAUACAGCCAAAAUUGCUGUCAGCUCGUUCCGUGAGGAUUCGACAAACAGACUCAAGAUCAUCAAAGGUUCUCCAAUAUAUACCGACGAUGCACAAAAUGGCACCAAGGCAACAGACGCAUAUGAUUUUGCUUCGGUGGCAGAGAUUACAGUCAACUACCCUAUCACAAGACUACAGUGGGAUCCAUCAAUGCCGCUCUAUCCUGAUGUGACAUGUGUAGCGACAAGUUCUGAGUGUCUACGAAUCUACGAGCUCUUAGAACCCGAUCCCUCACAGUCUUAUGCGCAGAGUUCCAGGAUCAUUGAAAAAAUGACACUCACCAACUCAAAAACCAAAAACUUCAAUCAACUAGCUCCGCUCACAUCGUUCGACUGGAACAAAACCGACCCCCGACAUAUAAUAACAAGCUCUAUAGACUCUACGUGCACGCUUUGGGACAUUUCGCGAGGCAGCGGGGUGGCCAAAACGCAAUUGAUUGCACACGACAGUGAGGUGUUUGAUGUCAAGUUCCUGCAUGGUAAUAAGCAUGUUUUCACCAGCUGUUCCAAUGACGGAUCCAUCAGAGUCUUCGAUUUGCGAUCCUUGGAACAUUCCACGAUCAUAUACGAGCCCCAGUCCACCAGGUCAUCAAUCGCAAGUAUUGCUACUUUGGCUUCUACCCAGGAUGCAUCAGUGGGCCAGCGUGUACCUUUGCUCCGACUAGCAACGUCUAACUACAAUGCCAACCAAAUUGCCGCCAUAGAAGCUGACAGCAAUCGCGUUUUGAUAUUGGAUUUGAGGUAUCCCGAGACGCCUAUCGAGAUUUUGCGAAGCCAUGUCGCACCUGUUAAUAGCAUAGCAUGGCAUCCAAGCAGAAACUUCCUCCUAACGGGGGCAGACGAUUGCCAAGUAUUGAUUUACGACCUUACAACCUGCAGCCAGCAAGAAAACUCUGUCACUCCAACUUUUGGCUUUUUUGAUGAGAUGGAGGUGAACAAUGUGUGUUGGAACACCGAUGGCUCGUGGGUAGCUGCCAAUAGUGGACGCAGAACGCAAGCGGUGGUGCUUAUGUAA